AUGGUCGGCUCUUCGAAGGGGCCUCGUCCUCAUGAGGACGGAAACUCACGCCAUUCCUUGGUGGCGUCCAUCCACGGAAUUUCAAUCACAGAAAAGGAGUCCGCGCGCUCGUCUCUUGCCUCUAAACUGAAGCACGAAUCAUGCGGAACCCGCCCCCACACGCCGCACUCCCGUGCCCCCAAAGGGAGGUUAUGGCCAAGCAGAGAUGCCAGCACCGACACUUCCGACUCUGACUCGUCGGACGAAACUGUCGUCUGCACUCGCAGGUGCCAUCAACACCGUGCCUUCUCGCGAUUCGAGAAAGAGAAGGAACAGCAGAAAUUCGCAAUUGAGCAAACGUGCCGCCCGCCGUUGGAUCGGAUACCGAUUGUUCGGCAACCGCUCGCUGUAACAGCCUCUGAGUUUAACCCCGUUUGCCGCGAAGACGGCCGACUCGUGCGCAGCCUCUGGCGCCAUGCUCGUGAUGCAGUUGAACGUCCUAAAGAUACUCCUCCUUUCCAGUGGACGCCCCGUGGCCAGUCCUGCCAACGUAGUCGGAGUUGUCCGCCUGUCCGACCCCAUGCGACCUGCUCGCGUUCGGGAAAAUUUGAAUCUGCUGUUCGUGAGGCGGACACAUCAAGGAGCAAGAGCCGUCGUGAGAGCCGGAGCUCCCGCCGGGGGAGUGCGAGCGAAAGAGACGACAGCCUCCUGACGGUCAACAUCGGCCGCUCUCGGGCUCCCGAGUACAUUCGACACGACUCGAGCUACGGCGUUGAUGGUCCAGGAUACGAAACAUUGCAUAAGGGCAUGCUGCAGGAUACUGGCAUGACUUACACGAGACAAUACGAACUCCCGACAAUCUCAAGGUUCCUCAACGCUAAACAUCCUAUUUUUCUUCGGGCCCGCAGUGGAUCUUUUGUGGCAAAGAAGGAAACGCGCCGUCGACCUAGCCCUCCCUCUUCUGAAAGUUCUUCGAGUGAGUCGGAAGAAUCUGUCUCCGAAGACGAAGUUGUUCGUGAAAAGGUCACCAACGCCCCAGAAGCGCCUUAUGGCGCUGUCGUGCCGCCGCCGGCCGUUGGACCCACAUGCGCUUGUGGGUGUCCUGAGGCGACGCCACGGGGUCAGCAGGAAGCGCGACCGUCUGUCGUUGUCUCUCCUUCGAUGGGGCCACCAGUCCUGUUAGUGCCGGCUCAGGCGAAUCCCGUCCCAGGGUUUGCACAGCAACCGCCGCUUCACCUUCCAACGAGGCAUUCUACGCAGCCGCCAGUCGCUCGCCACGAGGACUUUAGCAACCGAGCAACUGCGAGGCGUCAGCACAUGACGGGCGGUGAGUUGCCCAUUGACACUGGCGGCUACGGCAAUUCCUACGAAUUGAACUGGGAUUCGGGACGGUUCACACAGCAUCUUGUUGGCGCGCAACCGCAUCCGAGUCGAGCCUCUGUCGCGCCUCUUGGCGUUCCAAUUCCCCACGCCUUGCCGACUCGUGCAUCUAUUGGCGCGACUCCGUAUGCUACGCUGCACAGUUCCCGUGACUAUUCGUGCACGUUCUGCCCCACUGCCAACAUUGCCGGGGGCACAGCCCGGUCGCGAGUCAUCAACAGUCAGAGACAGGAGGUUCCGCAGCCGAUGCUCGUAGACGCUGCGCCUGCAGCUUGUGUUUCCUCCAACGCCGGCAAUUGCGAUUUCACUCUUACAGUAAAUGGUUCGGCAGUUCUUAGCACGAGACCUCCGGCCGGGCAGCCACGGCGGACAGCGGGUGGUGCACUGAAGACACCGCGGCCGUCUAUGACCCCCGCUGUGCAGCGAUCAGACUUAUUUUGCUCAUGCUCGCCAACGUUCCAGCAACCUGAUCGGACGGAGUGUAUGACAACACGGGCGUCGGCAGCUCCACGGUCUCGCAUCCUGCGGGCGCCUGUCUGUGACCAUCCGAAGCCGCGUGCAGUACCUUUUUAUGGGCAGUCUCAGAGCACGCCGAUCGAAGCCGAGAUCUUCAUCACACCACCAGUUAAAGAACCCGGAUUCGCACACUCUCCCCCUCGUCUAAACUGUGCACCUGCCGGGAGGGACAGAAGCGCAAGCACGCGUUCCAUCCUCAAGAAUGCCUGUGGGCCAAGUCGGGAUGUGCCCGCGAAUUGCCAACCCCGUGUGACGCUCAGCAACCCACCAGAAAGUGUACGUUUCAUACAGGAACCAGCCGAAAAUGUGUGCUCACACGACGGCAGGGCGGUCACUACCGUGCCGACUGCCUCCGAUCAGCGAGUCCUCUGCGGAAGGCCCCUCAUGUACCAAGUCGCCAGUCCGUGGACAGGCCACGCCCAGACGAUUCAAGGGAUCCUCAAUCCGAAUCCGGUUGUGUGUGUCGGCUCCGGCCCGAAUUUUCCUCCACAUGCGGGUGUCUCUCAAUACUAA